UUAGUUCAUAGUUUUAGCGGCAAAUUAUUGGACGUCGAUGGCCGCUUGCAUUUUACGCGAUUUUUGUUUAUAAAUAACGUAAAUAUAAAUUUUAAUAUAACAGCUUAAACGUAUAAUAUAUUAAUUAUACAAUACAUUAAUUGAUUUCAAGUGUUGUGAGUCUUUUUUAUUUUUUUCCGAAUUAUGUUCGGCGUUUAAAUUAAGAAUUACUUAAAAAGUGUCGCAGUGCUUUAAAAUUAAAAUUGGUACAUAAGUGUGCGAAUAAGAAUUUCAAAAUGAGUUUAAGUCGUUUAUGGAAUGUUUUGAGAUGCGAUUUGGUGAAAGUUUCCCCAUCAAGUGCGCUGGUUGCGAAAGUUUGGGGACCUUGUGUAAGGGAAGUGAGCACAUGCAAUACUCAACGAGCAGCUGUUUCUCAACAUAACACAAAACCAGAUUGGAACAGAGCCGUGAGUGAGGCUGAGAAGAUUGUUGGCUAUCCAACCUCCUUUCUCAGCUUGAGAUGGGUCUUGAGCGACGAAAUUGCGAAUGUUGCGCUACAUUUAAGAAAAUUAGUCGGCAGCAAUCAUCCUUUAUUAAAAACAGCUAAGAAUCUGCUCUACAAUGGCAAGAAUAACAUGCAAGCGUGGGGUCUCAUCGUUCUACUGGUUUCGAAGGCUGCUGGCCACAGCCCUGAGAUACCAGACAUGGAGCAGGAUAAGGCAGCUGGAGUUUUGCACAGCCAACGUGCGCUAGCCGAAGUAACAGAGAUGAUACGCACUUCCCACCUCGUGCACAAGGGGCUCGUGAACAUGAACGCACGCAGGCCCGCCGCGGGCGACCCGGACGACAUGAUGUUCGGGAACAAGAUCGCUCUGCUUAGCGGCGACUAUCUGCUGGCCAACUCGUGCACAGAGCUCGCUAACUUGCGAAAUCAAGAAUUAGUAGAGCUUAUGUCAUCCGCGGUUCGUGAUCUCGCUGAGGCGGAGUUUCUGGGAGAAAGAGAUGAUCAGAACAAUCCUCUUCCUUCAAGACCAUUGCCGGAGGACCAAAGACAACCUGCUUUAGAAUGGGAAUGCAUAACAUCCCCUCUACCAAUGGCGGGUGUAGCAGGUUGUGCUCGUCGCGAGUGGGUCGCGCGGCACGUACUAGCCGCUGGCGCUCUACUUGGCAAGAGCUGUUCUGCUGCCCUCAAACUUGCAGGACAUAACUCACAGCUGCAGACACAGGGCUACCUCUUCGGUUGCCACCUAGCGCUAGCAUGGCAAGCAUUCCUCGACCUAGAGUCCUUUACGGGUCCUGAACCAAGCAGCUUUUCACUAGUUGGAGCCCCUCUAGCCUUUACAUUGGAAGCGAGACCAGAACUGUAUGAAUAUAUAGAGGCGGGAAGACGCAGUGUACACGAUGUGGAUUAUCAUGCUCUCUACGAAGCAGUAAUAGCAGGUAACGGUAUAGAACAAACGAAGCAAGUGCAGCGCGAGCACAUCUCGCGCGCGGUGGACGUGCUCGACGCGUUCCCCAACUGCGACGCAAGGACUGCGCUCACCAACAUCAUCGUUGCUAUGCACCCUUGAUACUAACAUAAAUAAACAAAUCAAACCUUUACUAGUUUCAUUUAACAAUAAUAUAAACACAUCAAACCAUAACUAGUUUCAUUUAACAAAAAUAAAUAAUAAAAGAAAAUAAGCAGUAAUAACAUAGAACAAACGAAGCAAGUGCAGCGCGAGCACAUCUCGCGCGCGGUGGACGUGCUCGACGCGUUCCCCAACUGCGAUGCAAGGACCGAGCUAACCAACAUUAUUGUCGCUAUGCACCCUUGAUACUAACAUAAAUAAACAAAUCAAACCUUAACCAGUUUCAUUUAACAAAAAUAAACAGAUAAUAAAACAUAAUAAGCAGUAAUAACAUAGAACAAACGAAGCAAGUGCAGCGCGAGCACAUCUCGCGCGCGGUGGACGUGCUCGACGCGUUCCCCAACUGCGACGCAAGAACUGCGCUCACCAACAUUAUUGUCGCUAUGCACCCUUGAUACUAACAUAAAUAAACAAAUCAAACCUUAACCAGUUUCAUUUAACAAAAAUAAACAGAUAAUAAAACAUAAUAAGCAGUAAUAACAUAGAACAAACGAAGCAAGUGCAGCGCGAGCACAUCUCGCGCGCGGUGGACGUGCUCGACGCGUUCCCCAACUGCGACGCAAGAACUGCGCUCACCAACAUCAUCGUUGCUAUGCACCCUUGAUACUAACAUAAAUAAACAAAUCAAACCUUAUCUAGUUUCAUUUAACCAAUAACAAACGAAGAAUAAAUUGAUAAUGAACUAUACUUAGCACCAGUAAAAUAACAACAGUGAAUAAAAUAUAUUGCCAUUUAUUAUGAAUAAAAAUUGUGUGAAACUUUAUAAAUUGCGUUACAUAAUAAUAUUAUUAACAAUCAGUUACCAUCUUAACAUACAUUACCAUUAUACAUUAAUUAUAUUGUAGCCUAUUCAUUCAUUCAUUACCCACUCUGUAGUUUAUAUUAUACACACCUUCAACGACCCAUCACAUAUUACCAACGACCAAGCCAACGACCCUCAUUUUAUACAAACUUAAUAACCCUUAAUAAUCGUUUCACUAAAUCAUUAUUCAUGUUUUUCAUUAAUCAUUAUUGUGUAUUCAUUUGUAUCAUUUGCGUAUGUACUCAAUUUUUGUGUAUUUUCUUUAACGAAUUCUUUGUAAUAAUAAUAUAUGAAUUAUAAAACGUCCAAUUUAAUAUUAUUAAAUAAAAGUAAAUCAUAUUUUUGUAAGACAAUUAUAAACUUACUUCAUAGAAGUACAAUGACAAAUUUUGUGGCGCUUGCGUCGCGUUUAUAUACCUAAUUUAUAUAAUAUGUACAUGCAUAGCUUUAAUUUUUAUUGUAAUUACAAUUUAUGUAUAAGAAAAUCCAUUUUUAAUACAGAAGUUGCUCAAUUCUACAGCAUCACAUUAACAUCCUAGAAUCUAGAUGUUUGAAUAAAUGAGGCUUUAUUGUUAUUUUUACAGUAAUUAUAUAAAGUAUAAACCUGUAACCGGCAACAAUAACAAAUAAUGCGUGUACUGUAAUUUGUUACCGAAUUUACAUUUUAUUAUAUUAAAAUGGCUCUACAUUCCAAUGUGUACCUUCUUAUAAUUCUAUAAUAACAUGUGACAUAAACCAACCCAUCCUUGGUUGGAUUGUUUUGUUAAAAUGUACUCAAAUUUUUAUAUUAUGUUCUUAUUUUAAAUAUAAUUUGGGUUUAUUGCUCAAUGUGUACAAUAAUAAAUGUUUUAUAUUUUAUA